UGUCAUUCUCCGUCUUCUCUGUCUGACACCCUGCCUUAACAUUCCCAUCCGGACGCGACAUGUGCCCCCUCUCAUCUACGAAUCUACAACAUUCGUAGUCAGGCGUUCUACAUCGAUUCGGACACGCGAACACGAAGCGCACGCGUCUGCCCAGCGCCAAGACCACGCCAGCUGCUGCUCACCGUCGCUGGUCAUCAGGCGCGAGCACACACAACGACGAGAAACGAGAGCGGGCGCGACACCGAGCGUCGCGCCGAGUUAGCCCCCGCCCCACACCGACGAGGCCGCGAUGGCCAACGACUCGGGCACGUCGGACGGGCGCGACUGGGACACUAUCCUCGCUGCGUUCAACCGCGGCGGGUCGGGGCGGCCUGCCGAGUCUCCAACUGACGCUCCGUGGGGUGCACCAGGUCCAGGUCCUCAGUCGCAGGGGCAAGGACAAGCGCAAGGCCAAGGACAGGCCCCCAGCACCGAUCUUAUCGCGCAACUUACACAGCAACUUCUCCAGCAACAACAGCCUCAGCAAGCAUUCCAGGCCUUCUCGCCCGAGUACAUGGCACUCCUGCAGCAGACCAACACGCAAGCCCUCCAGAUCCAGCAACUCCAGCAACUCUACGGCCACACCCCACCCUCCUUCACCCAGCAGUCUACCCAGCAGCCCUCGCAGGCCAGACAGACGCGCUCGAGAGCGCACUCCCAGAACAACUCGCCUUCGUCACAACCUCGGUCUGCUCGCGGCAGCAUCUCAGGCACCCCGGGUGGAACUCCCUCUGGAACGCCUACUCUGGGAACACCCAUCGCACCCGCCCCACCAACCCUCAGUGGUGCCCCCAGCCUUGCGCCCACCCCGACAGGGCGGCCGCCACCACUUGCCGGACCUAGCACUGGUCCCAGCGUGGGGUCGAGCACAUCCGCACCAACACCCUCGGCCCCCGACGACGUCGAAGAUAAGCGUGUACGCAACACGCUCGCAUCCGCCCGAUUUCGAGCGAAGAAGAAGGCACACGUCGAGAACGUCGAGCGGAAUAUCCGCGCACUCGAGGCGCAGCAUUCUGAGCUCGAAGUACAGGUCGCGGACCUACGCAAAGAGAACGGGUUGCUCAAGGAGAUGGUCCAGCUGAAGUAUGGGGGAGUGAAGAACGGGUAGGCUUCUUCUCCGGCGCAGAGAGGCUUACAUAGAGACGGCGGAGGUGAGGAGUGAGAGAGGAGAGAGCAGGUGGCUGUAGAGCUUGGCCACAGGUGAUGUACCUUGUUUGUGAAUCGCAGGCGGCUGUGAGGACGUGCAAACUCCAAGGCGACAGGGGCGAGUUCGGGAUAGCCUCCUCGAUGAGGAUACUUGGGUGUUCGGGUACAACCCCGCGAGGUGUUGUUAACUCGUAGAUCGGAGAGCAGCCUCUUGAUAUCGUCUCCGGCCGAGUAUAUAAUCAAUCAUUAUUCGUUCUCCCUAAUCUUGGAGGACCCAUCCUUUGUAAGCGGAUGAGCUGGGCGGGUGCACAACCACUCUGCCUGGGUACACACCC